CAAAGAACAUCAGAGCGACACACAUGCAUCCAGGCCAUAGAGACACACAUACAACACAGCCAACGAUACAUGACAGACAGACAGACAGACAGACAGAGUGACAGACAGCUUCAUCCUCCCUCUUGCUGCUGCCGCAAAGCCACCCUGCCCUGCUCUCCCCCCUCCUCCCCAUCUCCCCCUCCCUCUCCCUCUCCCUCGUGUGAGGCCUCCUGCCAGGCCCACGCAACACCCACCAACGACGACCGCUCACCGUCACCACCAUUGUCACCAGCAGUAUCGCUCGACGCCAGCAAAUCGGCCGUGCUGCUGGCCGUGUUGGCCAUCCGCCGACGCCUCUCGUCUGCCAGCGAUGCCGCGACGUCGGUGGAUAUGCUGAACUGCGGCCGAUGUACUGCGGGAAGCGCCAGUCGGAAGAGCAGCCAAUCCGGGAGAUCCGACUUCUGCUGCAGAAGCUGACACGAACACAGAGACACGGGAACAAUGCAGUCUCAAUGCCUGCCGCUUGUAUGCUCUGUGUGCCUCCCUCCCCCUCACUCACUGACCUGCUGUUCGCAUCUUCGUGACAGCUGGUCACACAGCAGCCGCACAGGGGACCUGUCGGCCAACCUGAACCCUCCCGCACUCACACCCGACGCUUCUGGCGGGAGUCUCCUCCGCUUCACCAGCCUGGGCGUGUUUGGUUGCGGUCGAGGUGCGCCUGUUGAUGGCGAUGGGGGCAGUGAGGUGAGCGCAUGCGCUGUCUGCAGGAGCCGAUAGAUGUCGGUGGGGGGCAGAGGAGUGGGGUCAUCAGAGGCCUGCACGCACAAAACAGAAGUGCGAUCCAACCCAGACAUAUAUGGAGCGGCUCCUCCUGCCCCCGCUUACCUUCUGCAACAGCUUCGUGAUGACCUCCUCGACCAUCAUCGGACUGGUGCCAUCCUCACCGCCCUGCCCAUCCACUGUCAUGGCCGCGUGUUUCGCCUGCAGCAGCCGGUAGACCUUGCCCUUCUUCCCCCACUUAACGCACACAGUGCCCCUCGGCGCAUCCCUCUGUAGCUUCGGCGGCGCACGCGGCCGUGGAGGCGAUGACGGUGGUCGGGCCUGCUGCGCGGGAGGCGGUAUGGUCGCCAUUCUGACGUAUGUGAGGGCAGCCAGGGGAACGGCUGAUGGCGGGAGUGCGUCGGUGUGUCGGUCGAGCCAAUGGGUGACGGCGUGAAAGGCCGUCUGCGGCUGUGGCUGUGUGGAUGCGUUUCGGCUGGUGUAGGAGCGCAUGAAGGACAUGACGCACUCGACCGACGGCCUGUCGGCUGCUGUGACGGGGAGCAGCUCGGCCUGAUGGAACCAGGCAAUGAGACAUCCACAUGUGCGACGCAUGUGCGACCUGAUUGCCUUUGUCACGUGUGCCGAACAAAUCGUACGUACCACACGGGACUGGAGUGUGGCGAACACAGGCCGAUCGGAGAGCCGCAUCGAGGAGAGUGAGUGCACUGCAGGCAGCCAGCCAGCCACACACAAUGACAACCAAUGCACUCAGUGCGCCUCUCCCCCUCCGCAUGGCAACAGGCGUACGUGUCCGAGCGGUCUCCUCGAGCUGGAGUCGGUUGGCGUUCCGCUGGAUGGCAUCCUCCAGCGCAUCCAACACCGCACACGAAGGCCGGUAGCCCAGAGGCGACCCACGAUCCUACGCACACACACGAACACACACGCGUCAGCACACAGGUGAUGUAAGGAUACCACCCAUAUUCCCACAAACACUGGCCGACCUUUGCGGCAUCGAAUGCGCGGCGUCGCCGCCAGCCGCCCGGUGGCGAGGCGCCUCGUGUGGGGUUGUGUGGUUUGGCGUAUCGGUGGAUGAGCUUGGGGGGUAUCAAGCGCUGGAGGCUGGCGGCAAUCUUGACAAGACCCUCGCUCGGCACGGCGUCCAUGUCUGUGGGAGUGACACAACCACAACGAAAGCACCGCACCCACAUGAAGGAUGGAUUCAUGGAUGGAUGGAUGGAUGGAUGAAUGGCACGUGCCUCUCUCUCUCUCUCUCUCUCUCACACACACACACAGACCUACCGAGGAUCUUGGUUGCGUGUGUGGCGAGCCCGUCAAUCAGCCCCACCAUCGCUCCCUCGCCCAGCACAAACUCGCCGUCGCCACCACUAGAGGCACCCUUGCCUUCAUGGCCGUCGACAGGGAUCAUUGGGUAGGGCGUCCAUGGCUUGGCUGCUCCUGCUGCCUCCUCGCUGCUGGCCUCUCGCUUUGACUUUGGCGGUGUGUGGAACAGCAGAGGAUACAGCAGCGACAUGCCGUUCAGCACGUCUGAUGGCAUCAGAGAGGAGAGAACCACACGGAGCGAGAGAGAGUGUGUCUUGUGUCUUGUGUCUUGUGGUGAAUCCCUCUCUCCCUCCCUCCCUCCCUGUGUACCAGUGAGUGCUUUGGCGGUGAGGUCGAGGGUCCUUUCGUUGAUGGCGGGCAUGAGGGUGCGCAGCAGCCGCCGCCCGUCAGCAGGGCACAGCUGACCAACCCAACACGUCAUCAUACCACCACCACUCCACAAGAUGGGAUGGAUGGCAGCAAAGGCUUACGAGGGAUCGUUGGUGGAUUUUGCCGAAGCCGUUGAGGCAUGACGCCAGGUCGGUCACCUUCAUGCCUACACGCACCGAGCCAUCCAUCCAUCCACUCGUCAAUUCAAUGCCAUUCCUCCUUCCCCUCAGUCACUUUCGUGUCUGUCGAUGACGCACUCCACCAGCUGGCUGACGUACCAUCUCGCCUGCAGGGCAGACAGACAGAGCCACACACACGGCAACAUAAAACCAGCAUAGCAUGCAGCGACGCCGUCGGUGUUUGUGUGCUUUCACGUGUUUGUCGUCUUUGUGGCCCUUGAUCCCGCCCCACACAGAGCCUCUCGACCGACCUGACACACACGCACACACAAACACACACACAGACACACACACACACACACACAGAGAGAGAGAGAGAGAGAGAGACCCACAGGCAACCAACAUGUUUGUGUGUGGAGUGCGAUGAAACGCCUUGUCUCAGCCCACUCACCGAUGGCCGCACUUGGCGUGUAAGCGAGCCCGGCGCUGUCGAGAGCCGUCUGAUUGACGUGGUAGGCCACCUGGCUGCUGCGGAUGGUGUAGAGGAAGGACUUGAGCCGCUCGCGCGGCAGGUGCCACAAGACCGGCAGCCGGGCGCCGUCUGCACACACACACAAAGACAAAGACAAAGACACGGCAGCGCACACACGUGUCAUCUCUGUCUGUGUCUGUGUCUGUGGAUGUGCGCGUACACAGGCUCUUCAUUGCAGAACGGUCUGUAGCAAUGGCAUCUGCUGCCCUCCCGCCCGAUGCAGCCUGUGUGGCCGAGAGAGGAGAGAGAGAAUCGGCUGUGUGGUCUGUGUGAUGGAGGGCACCUGUUGUUGCAGAUCCUCGGCCAAGGCUAUCAGCUCACGACUGCGACGAUCUGCACACCCACACAGGCACACGAAUCAAAUGUAAUACUAGAGCGAAAAGCUCCGCUUCCCGUCCGUCAAAGGACUUACCCUUAACAGCGACCCGUUCAGCGUCCCUGCCGAAGACGCUGAAGUGCUCCAGGUACGUCAGCUUGCCCCUCUCCUCACCGUCACCACCAUUUCCACCCAUGCUCUUCUCUCCCGCAAUGGCAAUGGCAAUCGCAGUCUCACUACCAGCGCCACUGCUGCCUCGUGUGUGGUGGCCGCCAGUGACGAUGCGUUGAAUGAAUUCGGGCAGAGGGAGGGCAAACAGGGAUGGGGCGUCGGAGUGGGUGGACCGUCUGCUGCUGCUGCGCUGUUUCCUAUGUGGCUGGGCGGGUGGUGGUGGGGAGGACAGCUGCGAGUCGAGUGGGCGACAAACAGACACCACAUGGCACAUCAGAUGGAUGACCCAGGAUGCAUUUCGCCCUUCCUUCACCCACUCGGUCACUGACCUCUUGGAAUAUCCACUGCAUGUGCUGCCAGCAGGGGUGCUUCAUGACCUCCACCACCCUCCCCCGCUGACCGUCCGUCAUCCCGCUCCAUCGCAGCGGCACCAACACACAUCCAAUGUACUCAACCAGACGCACAACGUCCCCCGACGGAUAGCCCCAUCCACCAGCAGCAGCAGCAGCAGGGGCCUCUUGGUCCAUGCUCCUGCUGCUGGUGCUGCCCCUCCUGGCCACCGUUCUGCCACCUGUGGCGAUGAGCGAACCGGACGGCUGUCCUUUUGUGGCUGCUGGUGGGAGAGUGGGGGCGCUGCGUGGCCGUGGGUUCGCCAGUGACUCGAGCAGCGACAGCACAUGCAGGUUGUCGAAGGACGAUGCGUUUCCGCGCAGGGCGGCCUCCAGGUAGAGCCAGAAAGAUCGGUAGAGGGGCCCGUGGAGGCCGAGUGACGAGAGAGAGGGCGCGAGGGCGGCUAACUCCGACGCACUGCAACAGAGAUGCAGAGAAGCCGUGUGUGCUGUGUCUGUCGUGUUCUGGCGCGUGGAGGUUGCAGGCAAGCGCCUACCUGUAUUUCUUGUGCGUGUUGUCUUUGCGCGUGACGACGUGGCGCACGACGGCCUGGUAGACGUCCUCCAACUCGACCCUGCACACACAUACAGAAGUCCAUCCAUACACACAUGAAGGGAUCGAUCUCUUUGUCUGGUCUCGCUCACCGGUAUCCGACCAGGGCGUACUCCUUCAUGGCGAAGACGACAAGAGGGUUGGCCCACAUGUCUGAUGAAUGAAUGAAUGAAUGAAUGAAUGAAUGAGAUCCAUACACACAGACAGAUACACAUUCGUUCACGCAGACCCUCUCUCUCUCUCUCUCUCUCUGUGCGCUGCGCUGCGCUGCGCUGUGCCGUUUGCCGACCGACCUUUGUCCAUUUGGUGUCUGACGGCGAGCGACAGCCGCUUCAGGAGUGACCCGAACCAGCCACUCUCCAGCUCGCCUUUCUGCACUGCCAACUGAUGCAGCACCACACCCGCACAGGAAGGGAGCUGUCCAGGUGGGGUGUAGUCCGCUGACUGACCCUUGUGAAGCAGAAGAGCAGCUGGGCGAGCUGGUCGGGGCUCUGACGCAAUGCACUCUCCUGCAGACAUCAUACGCAGUGCGUUGUGCAUCCGCCCACCACCGUGAAGGUGCGCAGUGGUUUUCCCUGACCUCGGUGGCCAUGGCGAGGCUGCGCCACAGUGGCGCCAUGUCGACCUGACGAGAGAUCAGCUGCACACACACAAAGCCCGUGUGAAAGUCUGACUACGUGUGCUGGCUGCUCAUCUCGUGUGUGUGUGUGUGUGUGUGUUUGUGAUGUUUGAUGUGAUGGUCCUCACGGCCUUGACGAGUGGGCACAGCUUCGUCGGAUGAAUCCGCGACACCAUCGGCUGCAUCAAUCACAUCCCCACACACACCAGUCGAAACACACACAUCCCGACAGACAGCCAUCGCCUCUCUCCUUCGUCUCUUCCUUACCCACAGCUGGCCGAUCUGCGUCACCUCCUGCCCGCCCGGUAUGGCCAUCGACGUCUGACCCCCCGACAUAUCCACAACAGGGCCAGCACCCGAUCCACUGACGGCCGACACUGCACCUGCUCGCACAGGACAGUUCGCAAAAUGACACCAGAGCUAUCCAUCGCUGGUCGCUGGCUGGCUGUGUGUGGCACGGCUGACUUGUUCGAGGACGUUUAUGCGCAUUGCUGUGCGGUGGCGGCGCCAAGGCGAUGUCAGCGGCAUCCCAUGAAGGCGGCGGGCCCAGAUACACCGGUGCGCUAUCACUGCACACACACACUCACCCGCCAGACGCUGCAGAUCAGAUCUAUCACACUUGUUCUUUUUCAUCUGACCGACCUCGCCCCUCCGACGACUCUCAGUGCCUUCUUGGGUUUGGCGGCCAGAUCCAGCCGCAGACCCACCCUCUCCCGCACCACCUCAUUCAGCAGGGCGACGUUCUCGGCGUCAGAUCUCACUUUGUCGAGCUGUCUGCGCACUCGAGAGGGUGCUGGGAUCUGCAGCUUGGAGCAACAGAGGCGGGAAGACCUCAUUCUCGGUGCGAGAUGGAUUCGACCGAG